AUGCCGUUGGUGAAGCGGAUCAUUGAGCCCAGGUAUCUGUGCCGCGGCGCUCUGCCUGAUGGCGUGGCCAGCGAGCUGGAGUGUGUGACCAACAGCACGCUCGCCGCCGUCAUCAAACAGCUGGGAGGACUCAGUCGUCAUGCGGAGGACAUCUUCAGCGAGCUGUUCACGGAGGCCAACAGUUUUUACCUGAGGAUGAGCAGCCUGCAGGAGCGAGUCGACCUGCUGGCAGUGAAGGUCACACAGCUGGACUCCACUGUGGAGGAAGGUGAGGUUCAUCGGUCCGUCCUCGACCCUCAGGUUUCACCACAACACCGCACCAAUGCACUCUCAUUGUUCAGUUCAAUUCAGUUUCAUUUAUAAAGCCCAUUAUCACAGAUUACAGUUUGCCUCAGAGGGCUUUACAGCAGGCACCAUCCCUCUGACGUCGGACCCUCACAGAGACAGAGGAGAACUCCCCACAAAAAACAGAAACCUCAGGAAGAGCAGCUGAGGAGGGAUCCCUCUUAAAUCGUUUUUAUAGUUAGGGCUGACUUAGACUUUCCUCUGAGCCAGCCCUAACUCUAAUAUUUAAGAAAGAGGAAA